UUCAGUGCAGGUCCUUUAUUUAGCCUUCUGUGGGACAAGCACCAGCAGCAGCACCAACCCCUCCUCUCCCGCCCGCCCGUCAACCUCGCCAGCCCCCCACACAUCUACCCACGACACACAGACACGCACAGUGAGAGACACUGACAACGCUGGGGACAACUGCCACCCCGAGAGAGAGAAGCAGGCAACAGCAGCAGCAGCAGCUGAGCCGUCUCUCGAACACCGGCGAGUGAGCGAGCGAGAGAGAGGGGUGGAAAAAAAGAGAGAGGGAGAUAGAGAGACGGUGGCCGGGCCAGGAGGUGCGGACGAGGAGAGAAGGAAGGGAGAGAGAGAGGAGGAGCAGUACAACGAUGGUCAUUCGCGUGUUCACAGCUGCCCUGGCGGGUUCCGCCGUGAUCAAGAAGAAGCAGCAGGACGUGGUCGGCUUCCUGGAGUCGAACCGCAUCGCCUACGAGGAGCUCGACAUCGCCAUGAACGACAUCAACCGCCGCUGGAUGCGGGAGAACGUGCCGGGCGAGAGGCGGCCCGUCGCGGGCAAUCCGCUCCCGCCGCAGAUCUUCAACGAGGAGAUCUACUGCGGGGAUUAUGAGGCUUUCUUCGAUGCGAAGGAGAAUGAAGCCAUCCUCACGUUCCUCGGAAUAGCCCCACCGCCCCAAGAAAAGGCAGAAGUGGAGGAGGCCCCAGUGGAGGAGACUUUGGACGAACCGCAGGCAGAAGACCACGAGGAGGAGGAGGCUGAGGAGGUGGAGGAGGUUGCUGGGGUUGAGGCAAGCCAGCCCUGCGGCCUGUUCCGAUGUUCGCUCGGCUCUUAAUGCUUCGCUGACUACUCAUGGACAGUUUUGGUUGUUGGAUAUUUUAAUUAAUUUAUUUACAGUUUCAAGGUUUUUAUUCCAUAACCUCUUUGUUGACGGCUUCUCUUUCAGCUCACAUUGCAGUGUCGAUUUGGUUUUGAAAAACUAACGCGGAUUUAAAUUAUUUCGUCCGCGGAUUAUUUCCAUUUUCACGUCUCUAACUUUUUAUUUGACCUUAUUUCGUACGGCACAGUGGGGGUUGAGGUGAGCGGUGGCACAGUGGUUAGCGCACUGCACUACGAAGCUGGCUACCCGAGUUCUAUUCCCAGUCAUGGCUACAUCAGUGACGAGCAAUAACUGAGACCGGUCCUGAGCAGCGUCGUUCUACCAACCCACACUUACCAGCGUGGUGAAGUAUGGUCAGACAAUCGUCCAUGACCAACAUAAGCGUGGGGAAGCCUUCAUCAGCAGUGGAUUGUCAGUGACUGAUGAUGAUCAUGGUGAAUUUUCGCAGUGAAGUCAGUUAAAAUCACUUUCGUGCGAUUUUUUAUUUAUUUCUAAUGCAGUGAUGGGCAACGCUCGGAUGAGACCAUAUGAGCUUGUAUCUCAUGGGGAACUCUGUCAUCACAGUGCACUGGAGUGUGACAUUACUCUGUGUCAGAGUCGGGUUCACCAUUAAACAUCAGUAGCCUAACUAACACAUCGCCCCUCAAUGCACCUUACUUCAUUGGAACUUGGAAUCCAAGCCGAGCUCAUCCUGGCUAGUGUACCUUUUGGGAGACUGCCUCCAUUAUCACCUGUUGAAGACGCUCACUGUGAGCGGGUCAGGAGGUGGCAGUGAGGCAUUUGAUUUUCAAAUCUAUCUGAGCAGAGAUUUCAGUAUUUUUUACUCUCAUAAUGUGCCACGGUGGCUAGGAGAUGUUAACUACCUUGCCUGGU